GUGCAUAUAGUAAUCAAUGUAGUCAACCCUACAUUUUUCAACAUUCAUAUACUUUCCUUUUAUUUUUAUUUCUGCCUAGAUGUUUUUAUUAUGUGAAUAAUAAAGAAAAGUCAUGUACACCAGUAUAUAUAGUAACAGAAACAUUAACAUAACAAUACAGCAAAAAAAAAAGUAACUUUUCAUUUAUCAUCUCUAAUUUACAAAACAUUAGUACAUAGCUUUCUUUUGUUGUGAUUGAUAUAUUGAUCAUGGCCAACAUAUCAUGUUCUCAUUUCCUCAUACUCAUGCUUGUGUUAUCAGUAUUUUCAGUGGUUGAGAAGGCUAAGGGAUAUCAAACUGAUAAAUAUUGUACUAUAAUCCUUGAUCCAAGAACUCCAUGUGAUCUUGUUGACUGUCGUCUAAACUGCUAUUCGGGGUACAAUGGAGUUGGAAAAUGUAUUGCAUCCAAAGCCGGUAGAACUCCUAAUUGUGUGUGUACUUAUAAUUGUUAAACUGACAAAAUCAAAAUAAUAAUGUUCUAUAAUUAAGAAAAUAUUUUCCUUAAUAAUCUAUAUGAAUAAAAAAAUUUGGAAGUUCUUCAGCCCUUCUUAUAGUUGAAUACGUAAUUAUCUAUAUAUACAUUUUUGGUGAAGAUUUGGCCUCAAAAAUCCUUUUACAAUUUCAAUAUUGUACAUUUAGUCCGUACAAAUAAAAUCUGGAAAAAAUAUAUGUCUUAAUCAAAUUUACAAAUCAAUAAAUAAACUCUUAAAACAUUUCCUAUUUUUAUGGUUACGAGAUAUCAAAUCCUAACAUAUGGAAGUCAAAUAUGCGAAAUUAAAACAAUUGAUUACCAUAAUUUCGGGAUUUACCUAUUAAAUAUAAACUAAUAAGAACAGCUAAUCCUAAUCAAAUCUUAAUUACCAUUGUUUGAUAAUGCUGUGAUUUUACGUACUUACCAUAACUACUCGAUAUCUAAUAAAAUAAAUAUUCAAAAUUUAAAUUCAUAUCUCAUAUAUAAAGAAACUACCAAUUAAACAAAUAGUCAACAAAAUAUUACGUACGAAUAAAAAUAAGCUAUAUCCGAUCAAUUGCUAAUUGCCAUUUUAAAGAUAUUACGACCUUUCCUUACCUAUAUUCGACCAAUUGCUAAUUACCAUUUUAAAGAUAUGUGAUUUGAUUCCCUUACCUAAAAAAUAAUUAGUUACGAUUUUAUACAUAAAAACGAUUUUAUAGUAACAAACAAAACUCAUAAAUAACGAAAUCGGUCCUCAAAUAUUUACCUAAAAUAUCGACAUUAAUUUUAGAUUUGUUUUAUUUAAGUAAAGAUUUGGAAAUGAAUUUCGGUCCUUAAAUAUUUGCCUAAAAUAUCGACGCAAUCUUUUCAAAAAUCUCAACAAUUAUAGCUACAAUCCCGAAUUUAAAGAAAAAUAGAAACUAAUUACAACAAUCCAUCUAACAAAUGGCAUAUUCCUUACAUCUUCUUUCGUUUACAAUUAUACUUUAUACCAUAUUUAAAGAAUAUGCAUAAUAUAAUUUAUGGAGUAAAUUAUAAUAGUUAGCAUUAAUUUCAAAUUUUAAUAUUUUCCAAAUUUUGAGCUUGAUCACCAAGAUUUUCUCGCUUUACAAUCAAACCUAACCAUAAACAUCUACAGUCUCCUAUAAAUAAGAUUUUCUCACUUGAUUGAUCGUGAAUCACCAUCUCAAUCUUUAUCUUCCUUUUCAUUUGAUUGUGAUUUUUUAUUCAAUCAUAUAAACUUUGCUCCCUGAAUGUUAUAUGAUUGUAAGAGUUUACUCCACUUCGUGGAAUCUACGAUGUCAUAUUGGUUCAAUUGUGGAUUAGACAUCUUUACUUCUAAUUAUCUCUGUUCCAUGCAAUGACAAAAUCUAAUCUUUUUUUUCUCUUUUGCUUUGCAGGUUUUUACCAACCAUUUGAAGAAGAUGAACUUGAACAGAGUCUUACAAUCGACAUAAUGCUAUCCUCUGAAUUGACCGUAAGUUAAUUGGCAUGCAAUGAAUGUUAUGUUGGAGUGGCAGGUCUAUAUGAAAUUUUUUUAUAGGGGCACACUGUUUUCUUUAUAACUAAGUUUUAAUUUUUCUGUUUGUGUCAGGUUGUAUGUAAAAUUGAAUGGGAGUUUCACAAACUUGGGGUGUGCGUUUGGAUUUUCGGUAACCACAAAACUUAAAAUCACUUCUUCAUUUAGUUCAAGAGAGUUCUAUUAGUAAGAGUGUUCAAGAGAGUUCUAUAUUUUCUCAGAAAUUUGUCAUGGCACGUAUUCGAGCAGAAAUGAAAUCUAAACGAGAUGUAAAAAUGUAACAUGACUGUGAAUCUGUGAUAAUAAAUGUAAGCUAAAUUUAUGUGAAUCUAUUUGCACGUACAAUAUUAUUCUUGCAGCCAAAAGAAGCUCGAAUGAAAGCAAUAGAAGUAUUCUUCGCUGUCUCUCAUCUUUGCGACGCUUCCGCUUUGCCUGGCUCAAUUUUCUACUGGUCUUGGCGUAAGAUUUAUCCGGCUCAUUCUCUGACUUAAAUCACUUUUACGUUUCUAUGGAUUAUAAUAUGUUGAUUGUAGCAUUAAGUUGAAGUAAGGAGCUUCUCAGAGGAGUCAAUAAAGGCUCUUGCAUCAAACAAUGAAGGAACUUACAUAGUUGGUGGUGGAUCCUUUGGAGAUAUUUAUAAUAAGAUUACAAUUGGGAAGUUGCUUAAGUAGCCUUUUGUCAUGAGUAGCAUUAUAGAAAAGUGGAGGUGCAAUCUCAUCUUUAGAAACCUAAUAUACGUUGACGUUAUGGUUAUUGCUAUGAUCAAAGUUUUGGAUGUUUUAACAAAUGGACGAGGAAAGACAGAAAAAGGAGAAGAGAAGGAAGUUCUUGAGUGGGCUUUCACUUCAGAGACUCAAGAAGACAAGAACGAUUCGAGAAAUCAUUUUGGUAGCCUCACGGGUAAACAUGAACAAAAAGAAGCAGUGUACACCGUUUAAGCGAUUUGCAGUGGAUGAAAGCGAUGGAGAAUGAAGAAGAAGAUGCUUCAAAAGUCUAAGAAACGAAAGAGAAGGGACACAAAGACACCAACGAGUAAUGGGUCAAAGGCAGAGGCAGAGUCGAGUGAAAGCAAAAAGGAAAAAUAAGAAGAAGAAGAAGAAGAAGAGACAAAGGAGGAGAGUGGGAAAGAGAGUGCAGAAGAAAAUGAGAAGCCAUUACAUAGUUGGAAAACUUAUAAGAAGAAACGGUCCAGAUACUCUGUUAUGACUUCUUCACCUAACUCUAGAGGUAAAGGUAGUUCAAACGGAAGUAAACGAAACUAAGAAUAAGGCUACAAGUAUUAGGCAUUUAAGUUGGUCUACAAAUUUUUUGCACUAAGCCAUUUCUCAUAAAUAUGUGUCUGUUUUUGUUUUUAAUUUAAA